AUGGCAGCAGCAACUAGAGCAUUCGUACUGCUGUGCACCUUCCUGUCCUUUGUCUCGGCGGCGAGGUGCGCAAGCGGACGAUGGGUAGACGUAUGGGGUUCCAUGCCGCAGCUCGUCGAGCCGGCAAACUUGCCCAAUGCGCCGUGGAAUCAAACCGGCGAGGUCUUCAGAAACGCCACCCUGCGCCAGACCAUCCGCCUGUCUCUCGGCGCCCCCGUCAUCCGCCUGCAGAUCAGCAACGCUUUUGGCGGCUCGGACUUGCCAAUCACGGCCGUGACGGUCGGCGUGACCCCUAACAAGACUGCCGGCGUCGCGGCGAUCGAGGGUGACUUGCACAAGGUCACCUUCUCGGGCGGGCAGGCAGGCUUCACGGUGCCCGUGGGCGCGCUGGUAGUCAGCGACCCCAUCGAGCUGCCCCUCGAGGCCCUCGACGUCCUCUCCGUCUCCAUCUACCUCGAGCGCGGCCAGACCACAAACAGCAUCACGGGCCACCCGGGGUCCAGGACGACGUCGUGGUUCGCGCCCGGCAAUGCCGUCGAAGCAAAGGACUUUGCCGGACAGGGCGUCGACAAGACGGACCACUGGUACUUUAUCUCGAGGGUCGAGGGCUGGGCGCCCGCUGGUGCUGCCACUCCUGGGGCCCUGGUCAUUGUCGGGGACAGUAUCACCGACGGGCGAGGCUCGACGCACAACCAGAACAAUCGAUGGGCCGACGUGCUCAUGAACCGGCUCGCGGCAUCCUCGACCCCGGUCUCGGUCAUCAACCAAGCAGCCGGCGGCAACCGGAUACUAAACGACGGGCUGGGGCCCAACGCCCUGUCCCGAAUCGACCGGGACGUGCUGGCGUCGUCGGCGCUGCGGUACGCGGUGGUGUUCGAGGGCGUCAACGACAUCGGGACGGCGCCCGCGACCGCGUCGGCGCAGCAGACGGUGCGAGACCGGCUGAUCGCGGCGUACGAGCAGAUGAUCGCGCGCUGCCAUGCCAAGGGCGUCGCCGUGUUCGGCGCCACCAUCACGCCCAUGACCGGGCCGGGCCAGGCGUACGGCGAGCCGGCGCGCGAGGUCACGAGGCUGGCCGUCAACGAGUGGAUCAGGACCUCGGGGAGGUUCGAUGCCGUCGUCGACUUUGACGCCCUGGUCAGGGAUCCCGCAAACGAGACGAGGCUGCUCCCCGCCUACGACACGGGCGACUAUCUCCACCUCAACCCGGCUGGUUAUCAGGCCAUGGGGGAGGGCUUUGAUCUGAGCCUGCUUGAAAAGUUCAAGGAUGGUGUCUGGUCGAUGCUCUAG